AUGGAGAGCCUAAGAGAGUCUCAUGUGCAACAAAGGUUGGGCCGCUCGCUAAUUCUCUUUCCUUUACCAUAUCAAGGCCAUAUAAACCCCAUGCUUCAACUUGCAAACAUCCUGUAUUCCAAAGGAUUCUCCAUCAUCAUAAUCCACCUUCCCUUCAACUCUCUAAAUCCACUGAACUACCCUCACUUCACCUUCUAUUCCAUUCCCCUGGACCUCUGGGAACAUGAGGCUUCUACAGCAAAUAUCGUGUAUUUUCUGACACUCCUUAAUAACAAAUGUGUUAAACCCUUUAGUGAUGGUUUGUCCAAGUUGUUAUUGGACGUUAAGGAGGAUCCAAUUUCUUGCAUAAUUACGGAUGCCCACUGGUACUUCACGCAACCUGUUGCUGAUAGCAUUAAGCUUCCAAGGAUUGUGCUACGGACCAGUGACAUUUCUUCCUUCCUUGUUUUUGCUACUUUUCCAGUUCUGCGAGAAAAGGGUUAUUUCGGAGCCAAAGAUUCUCAACUAGAAGAACCAAUUAUAGAGACACCCCCACUUAAAGUGAAAGAUCUUCCAGAUUUUAAAACACAUUACCCAGAAGAACUCCAUAGUUAUGUAGCCCGAUUGAUUAAUAUAAGCAAGGCCUCAUCAGGACUCAUUUGGAACUCUUUUGAAGAGCUCGAGCAAGAUUCACUUACUAGAUUAUGUCACGAGUUUCCUAUUCCCAUUUUCACAAUAGUAAUAGCUAGGUAUGUAAAUGAUGUUUGGAAAAUUGGGAUACACUUGGAUUAUAUGGUUGAGAGAGGGAAGAUUGAGAAGACAAUCAAAAGAUUAAUGGCGGAGGCAGAAGGGCAAAGAAUAAGGGAGAGAAUUAUGUCUUUGAAAGAGGAGGUAAAACUUAGUGUGAGAGAAGGGGCUCUUCUUGCCGCUCUCUUGCGAGCUUGA